AGUCAAUGGUAUGUUAUGGCCAGAAAACAGACGAAGGUGGUGGUUUGCACUGCCACCGCCUUUGUCGUCGUCCUUUUCCUCCGCUCACAAAAUCAAAAAACAUUUGAGAAUGAUCUCAGUCCCCAAGGGCUGAGCCGCCGUCUAGGCACAACAUAUUCUCCUAUUUUUGAUCCCAUUGUUGCCAAAUCGGAGAAAUCAGAAGAUGAUGGUCGUUACUACGAUAAUAAAGGGAGGUUGAAUACUGCCCUGAGAUUGAUGGUGUUGUUUCCGAUGGUGGAUAGGUCACCCCGCGAUGGAUUCAUGGAUCGUAAUGAGCUCCAGACCUGGAACACUCAACAGGCCAUUGACAGGUUGAAUUAUAGAGCCCGACGAGAAUUAAGGUUUCGUGACAAGGAUGGAGAUCGCUGCAUUUCGUUCUUGGAGUAUCUCCCUCAUUUUACCCAUGAAGAAAUUGAGCGAAACGAGACUGGGCAUGGAGAAGCUGGAUGGUGGAUGAUACAGUUCAGGAAUGCUGACGUCGAUCGGAAUGGAACUCUCAACCUUUAUGAAUUUAGAGAUUUUCUGGACCCAGAAGAUAGCAAAAAUCAAAAUAUCAGGAGAUGGUUAUUGACGGAGAAGAUAAGGCAGGCAGAUGUCAACAAUGAUCAUAAGCUUUCUUUGCUUGAAUUUGAGGGAGGAAUUUACCCAACCUACAAGACUUACCUGGAAUACGAAAUGAACGGAAAAAGCGUGCCUUCACUUCUAGAUACAUUUUCAAAACUUGAUAUCAACAAGGACAAGUUCUUGGAAGUGGAAGAGUUAAGGCCAAUAUUUGAGUAUUUGUGCCCUGGAGAGCUCUCAUAUGCAAAAUACUACACUACCUAUCUAAUUCGUGAGGCUGAUGAUAACAAGGAUGGAAAGCUGACAUUAGAAGAGAUUUUGCGUCAUGAGAUCUUGUUCUAUGACACUAUCUUCGCCAAUGAGAAGGACGACGAUUAUCUUUACCAUGACGAGCUGUGAUCGAUCUUUAUUGAAGAAUCUGGGAUUACCUAAUGCAUAUAUAAUGUGAUCGAAUAGAUUAUAACUACAAAUCCAACUGGUCGAGAUAGAUUUUGCUCGUUCCAAAAUUCAAAUCCUCUUAGUACUCAUGUACUCUCUAUUAAGCUUUUGGUGCAGAGUGCUCUAGAAUAUAAGUUAGUUUAGAGUAUGAAGAAAAGAGCAUGCAAUCGAUCCUUGGGAUUGAUGUACCCAAACCAAACUUAUGAAUGGAAAUUCAAAAAUUGCAUAUGCUAA